AUGCUCCAUCGGCCCGCGCGUCGCGCCGCGCUCGCGUGGCGGUCUGCGCGCCGGUCCUGGCUCCCGGGAAUGCGCGCACGCCAGUCCUGGCUCCCAGGCAUGCGCGCAUGCUUCGCGACGGGUCCCUACGGCGCGCAGCCGCCGGCGCUCGCGCUGCCCAACGCGACGCCGCGCUACGCCAGCGGUCCGGCGACUUUUUUUCGCUGCAAAUACGAGCCCUGGCGGGAGACGGAGGCCGACAUCGCCAUCGUCGGCGUGCCCUUCGACGGCGGCGUCACGAACCGGCCCGGCGCGCGCCACGGCCCGCGGCGCGUCCGCGAGGCGUCCGCGGACCACGUGCGACCCCUGACGCGCGGCCGGAGCCCCCUGGAGCUCGCGGCCUGCGUCGACGGCGGCGACGUCGCGGUCCAACGGCCCUACGAGCUGGAGGGCGCGCACGGCGAGAUCGAGGCCGCGUUCCGGGAUACGAAGUUUCGAGACGUCGCGACGCUCGCCGUCGCGGCGACCACAGCGUGA